AUGGUUUUAGAAUUCAGCAUUCAGUUUACAACUCAUUGUUUAAUAUCUCUCUCUGAUCAGCCUCGACUGAUUAUAUCUAAUACUAUAGUUGGACCACGAUCAUUGAUAGGAGGGCUAUUCAAUCGCUUCGUCAAGCGCACUGAGAAGUUUCUUGACUACAGUUUGAAUCAUAUUCAGUCGUCCAACAACUUAUCAUUGUCCUCCAAAACGACCAAAACUCUUCAUGGGACUUGGAAACUCAAGUCUACUGAAGAAGGAGAAACAGCUGUUGCUGAGCAACAAGACUUUGUUUCUGUUCCUAUCUCUCCCUUUGACACUCUCAGAAUGUACUUCCAGGCAGAUGGAAUGUUGAAUGAAGCUGAAAUUCCAAAGGUGAGUAAGGCAUUAGAGGGAGCCGAAGGUGUUUCCAACUUGAAGGUUCAAGUCCUUGAGGGUAUUGAUACUGUUGAGUUAACUAAACAGACGACGGUCCAAGCUACCGGAGUGGCAUCCAAUUUGGUGCAGCUCAUACAUGGUGCAGUAUUCAAGUUACAGACAUUGAAUUUGAGCUUCAAUGAUGAAGAAGGCAUUCUUGCGUAG